AUGUACCACUGGUGGUUCAGGGCUUUGGUUUGUUACCACACGGCUUUCAAGGUGUUCCGUUCCAUUUCUGUCAAUGUAUUUUGUAUUCUACCUAUUCGAUUUGGUUUUCAUUCCAAAUGGGUUUCCACUAAUUUGAAGAUGAGUGGUUUGGAUGAGAAAGAUUCAGGAGAUACUAAGCUCAACACCGCAGAAAUGACACAAUUUCCACAUGUAACACUUUAUGUGAGUGGGGUUAAGGCAUAUGAUGACAUGAUCGUUGGUGAACAUUCACGAGAUAUGGAUCUUGAUGUUAAUCCUAUAAGAAACAAGGAACUUACAGAUCAGCUGGAAAGGACGAGAAUGUCAAAUUGUCACCUCCUCACAGAGUAUAUGACACUUGAAGAGGCUAUAGGCUAUGUGGCUUCUGAUGAGCUAAUUGAGGAUCUUUGCAGUAGAUUCUAGAUGCUCAUUUCCAUUAUGUUCAAGGUGUAGCAUGGGAUCCUUUAAAUAAAUAUGCAACUUCACUUAGUUCAGAUGGAAACUGUCACCCACCUCCUCAGGUCAACUGACCAUUCUGUUUGUAUGCUUCACUAGAGGAUUUUAGUUUCUAAUGGAAUUGAGUCUCCUGUUCAUAAAUUUGAAUAACUUUGAAUAACACAAAGCUCCUGUUCUUUGUGUUCAGUGUUGUCUGGAGAAGCUUUCUGCGUUAAGGAGUUUAGUAGAGGACGGUUGUGUAAAUAUUUGGGGUGUAAAUAUUUGGGAUCAUUGACAGGAAGGUCAUCUGUUGAAAACCCAAAACAAUAUAAACGUAAACAGUUAAAAAAGAUAUAAAAUACUUUCAAUUGCAGUCCA